CUUCCGUUCGUGGUUGGAAUGCAUCGUCGCAAUCCGCCAUCUUGUCUGCAGCUAGGUCCUUCUUAUACAGCCUGCCAGUAGAUGAACCUUACAGACCUAACUCAGGGUAAAACUGCUCCAUGUAACUCUUUAGCUCCCUACCGCCUUCCCGUUUCACCUCAGUUAGUUUUUGAAGUGGAGACACAGGCAGCGGAUUUGAAAAACAGCCAACUCUCGAUAGUCACAGUGGCACAAAUUAACUUCAUUUAAAAAAUGGCGUUUGUUGGAAGAAGUCGCUUCCAAUGGGAAGUCAUAUUUAAGAGUUAGACUGUGUUCCUUUUCGACGAAAAAGUUAAGAAAGCUCCCCUGUAGCGGGACCUGACCCACCUGCAUCAUGCCCGAGAUGUCGAAGAUGAAGAAGCCCGACGCCAAGUUGGUUCUCCUGGGGGAUAUGAACGUGGGGAAGACGUCGCUGCUCCACAGGUACACUGAGAGGAAGUUCAAAGACACCAUCAGCACCGUCGGAGGGGCGUUUUUCCUCAAACAGUGGGGACCUUACAACAUGUCAAUAUGGGACACAGCUGGUCGAGAACAGUUCCAUGGGUUGGGCUCCAUGUACUGUCGAGGUGCAGCUGCUGUCAUCUUCACUUAUGACGUCACUAACUGGCAGAGCCUAGUUGAGCUUGAGGAGCGCUUCCUGUCCCUGACAGAUACAGCUAACCAUGACUGCAUUUAUGCUGUGGUGGGCAACAAGGCUGAUCUCACAGACGCUAAAGCCCAGAUGUCCCAGGACUCGGGGAGAGUGUCUGAGGACCAAACAGAGUAUGAGAGGGACAGGACAGAGCCACAGUUGCUCUCUGCCUGCCCCACACCCCCAGCCACCCCUGCAUCCCUCUCUGGGGUGAUCCUACACAAACAGGUUACACAUGAGGAUGCAGUGGCUCUUUAUGGGAGAAUACUACGCUACAAAGGCCUGGAGGAGAAGAGCAGCCUGCCUGCAGAGAAGAUGUGCUUCGAGACAAGUGCCAAGACGGGGCAUAAUGUGGACACUUUGUUUGAGACAUUAUUUGAUCUGAUGCUGCCUUCCAUCCUGAGAAAGAGAAAUGAGAACCAGAAUUCUCCUACAGUUGACCUGGAAGAGUGCAGUGUGGCCAGCAGUAAGCAGGCCAAGUCUGCCUGCUGCUAGGAUCCACCAGAGGGGUGGAGAGGCUGCAACUAGAAGAAUCUUGUUUUUAGCAAAGGACAGUCAGUAGGUUGGUCCAAGCACUAAAUACAUACUGUGAUGGUACUACUUGUUUCCCUUGACUGAAACCUGAGACCAUUAUUAGUGACCUCGCAUACAUACGUUCUUGAUGCUGUGAAGAUGUUACGAGAAAGCAACUAGACUUCGUAGUGUCCUGAUACAUUUUCUGUGUAAUGAAGGGAAAUGUUGCCACUCUGUGCUUUGAGACCUUCCACCCUAACAAAUGAAACUGCUCUUGUAUCCCAAAGAUGUGUCUGUGGGCAAAUAAUCCACAUAAGAAGUCAGUAACUGCUAUUUGUAAAUGUGGUGGUAUGAGAAGUUCACACAUUUACCAGCACUAAUUGUUAGCUGGGUGGCACAUUUCACUGUGUUUAUCCUAGCUGAAUUUUAAGGGUUUCACAAAUCACACUUAAUUGACUCUUUUGUUAUUAGUGUUGAUACUGAUCUUUUUAUUUUAUUGGCACUUUCAAGGAGUGUAAAUAGUAAAAUACCCCUGUUGAAUUUUUAAGUACACUGUCAUAAUAAAGAUUUUUAUUUUGCAGUU